GAUAUGCGCAUGCGACUCGAAUUGGCGAUAUUCUAGGUAAUGCAAGAAACCUUAGCUGCUCGUUGCACAGAGUAACCCGCGCCUCUCAGCCAGCCAAAACAAUAUGGCCGUAACGGUGUGUACUCGGUUUAGUGAUAACUACGAACUGAAAGAAGAACUGGGGAAAGGCGCAUUUUCUAUAGUCAGGAGAUGUGUUCAAAGGAAUACUGGAUUAGAGUUUGCGGCUAAAAUUAUCAAUACAAAGAAGCUGUCUGCUCGAGAUUUUCAAAAAUUGGAACGUGAAGCCAGGAUUUGUAGAAAGCUCAACCAUACAAAUAUAGUUCGAUUACAUGACAGUAUUCAAGAAGAAGGUUACCAUUACUUAAUAUUCGAUUUAGUAACAGGUGGAGAAUUAUUUGAAGAUAUUGUAGCUAGGGAAUAUUAUAGUGAAGCUGAUGCCAGUCAUUGCAUUCAGCAAAUUUUAGAAAGUGUUAGCCAUUGCCAUCAAAACAGUAUUGUCCAUCGAGAUUUAAAGCCAGAAAAUUUAUUACUAGCUAGUAAAGCUAAAGGUGCAGCUGUAAAACUUGCAGACUUUGGCUUAGCUAUUGAGGUACAAGGGGAACAACAAGCUUGGUAUGGUUUUGCUGGCACACCUGGUUACCUAUCACCGGAAGUUCUAAAAAAAGAUCCUUAUGGAAAACCUGUUGAUAUUUGGGCAUGUGGUGUUAUUCUAUAUAUAUUGCUUGUUGGUUAUCCACCCUUUUGGGAUGAAGAUCAACAUAGGCUGUAUGCCCAAAUUAAAGCUGGUGCUUAUGAUUAUCCAUCUCCUGAAUGGGAUACAGUGACACCUGAAGCUAAGAAUUUAAUCAAUAGUAUGUUAACUGUAAAUCCAGGCAAAAGAAUCACUGCCAGUGAAGCUCUCAAACAUCCAUGGAUUUGUCAACGAGAGCGUGUUGCAUCUACUCUUCAUCGUCAAGAAACUGUGGACUGCCUCAAGAAAUUCAAUGCUCGUCGUAAACUGAAGGGUGCAAUACUUACGACCAUGUUAGCCACACGUAACUUUUCUAGCCAUGUAACUGCUCCAAAUCAAGGUCGAAGUAUCAUGGCCAAAAAAGGUGAAGGCUCUCAAGUUAAAGAAUCCACUGACAGCAGCACGACUCUUGAAGAUGAAGAUGUUAAAGCUAAAACUUCAAUUCCUGACAGCACUAAGAUUUUACAAGCUUUUCAAAAAAGGGCCUCUCUACCUAGUCUUCCUGCCUCCUUAACCAUUGCCACUACAGGUGAGAAACUUGUGUGUGCACCCAACAAAUUAAAUUCUUUAAAGGUUUUUGAUGAUAGCAGAAUUUCCCGUGUCAAUCUGCAGAUUAAAAAAUCCUAAUUUUUCUACAACUGGAACAUUAUAGUCAGACAGAUAUAGUUUGUCUAUGGUAUGAACUCCCCACACCACAAAAUCUAAAGCCGUCUGCUCCAAUGGAAACAAGAAUAGUGUAUUUCAGCGAGGGUAGCUAAGAUUCCCUUUCUCUCGCAGACCCGAACCAAAACCUGUCUUAAACAAUGACUUCCACACCCCUACUUGAAAUAAUUAUACCUCGCUACCAUAGUCACCACCAGGCGAAUGGCUGGGGGAGUUCUUACUUUAGACUAACUGUACCAGUAGUGUAAUUAUGUUUAGUCUAACAUAGUAAUAGAUAAAA